GAGGACGACGGACGAUUUAUUCGUUCAGUCCGUCGACCGUCAGUCGCUCACGCUCAGUGUGUCCCUAUCUACCGAGCGCAUAACGGCUAGAGGACUAUCAUACGUCCAACAGCGACUCAGUCGCUCAGUUGUAGUGAGGUAGUGUUUGUUGUGAGUGACAAUGUCAGCGCCAGUGGGUGUCCUAGUGUGUCUCCUCUUCCUCAACUCCGGUAUGUCGGUGGACGCCCGGAACUAUGUCAACGACAGAACUUUGGAGCAGAGGAUGAGAGAAGACGUCGACUUGUCACAGUUCUACGCCUUGCUGGAGAACAACCACAUAGCCAACACUACGCUGAUGUACCGGAGUGUGACUGUGUUCGCACCAGCUAACGUCGCUUUCCAGAAGUUCCAAGGGAAAGUGGACGACUCCUUGGUCCUAUACCACAUGACUAAUUCUGCCCAAAUGCUGCCUCAACUUGGCAAUUCCGUAUCUUCAGAGCUGGAGGGCAAUCCUCCGUUGUGGAUAACUCGGCAAAGAGAUGGGAACAAAGAGGAAAUAUUUGUGAAUAACGCUAAAGUACUGGUCUCUAGAUCCAACCAGGUCCACAAUAACCUUCAAGGGCGAAAACAGGUUCUUCACAUUAUUGAUGAUGUGUUAGAGCCAGUUAGAUCAACCAAUCCUGAUCCACCAGUGUACAAUCCAGACGCAUGGGCUUUCUUAAACCAAUCAGAAAACCUAGACCUAGGAUCUCACCGAGUUAGGUCUUUCAGGCAAAGGGUCCAUCUGAUGAGGAAGGCUGAUAUUUUCAGAGCAGAAGGGAGGUAUACAUUCUUCAUCCCAGUUGAUGAAGGCUUCCAGCCACCACCCAGACCUGAGAAAAUUGACGAGAAAGUGAUUGACGGACAUGUGAUUCCCCGAGAAGUGUUAUUUACCAGUGCAGCCAGAGAAGAUGUCGAGCAUGAAACAUUAGCUUUCACUGACAUGCUCAAAGUGACCAUUUCAUUCAAAACUGAGACCAGCCUCAAAGGAAGCAAGACGUACGUUAAGAGUCACACGAUUCUGGGAGAUGGGAAUCAUGCUGAAGGUGUUGUCUUAGCAGAGAUAGUCAAAGCCAACAUUCCAGUCAAGAACGGAGUUGUCCACCUUAUACACCGUCCAUUGAUGGUUGUUGACACUACAGUCACCCAAUUCUUGGAGGGAUUUGAUCGAGAAGAUGGACCUCUAUACAAGUUCUACGAAGUUAUUAGAGACACAGAAGGAGAUUUCAUGGAUCGGAUAACGCGGAUGCGAGAACUUACAUUGUUUGCUCCUUCCAACACAGCAUGGCUCGACUCAAACCUCAACAACUUGGUGCGAGACCGAGCAAAAAUCAAGGAGAUUCUCAACAUGCACUUGGUUGAGAAACGCCUUACCAUGGAUCAGAUCACUACUGCUAAUCAUCAGUCGGUUCCUACUCUGGCCCCCCGCAAGAGCUUGUAUUUCAAUGUAGUUACCCACGGACACAACAAGACUUUGACAGUAGAAGGAGGCGGAGUAAAUGCGACUGUUAUACAACCUGAUAUAGCAGCAACCAAUGGCAUCGUUCACAUUAUCGACAGAGUACUUGGCGUUCCUUUUACAACUGUAGGCAGGAAAAUUGCCACAGACCCAAUGCUCAACAAAACAUACCAAUUAGGCAAGACUAACAACUUCAAUCUUCAACUGGACGACCCCAGUAAGAAGUUUACCUAUUUUGUACCUCGGGACUAUGCUUGGACUCGCAUGGAGGCUCGGUACCCCACCGCACACAAGAAAAUGUUCAUGAAGGACUUUGGUUACCAUGUGAAGCAGAUCCUAGAGCGUCAUCUGGUGGUUGACGACAAACCGCUAACCAUGCAGCUGCUGAAAAAGUACUCCAACGAGUCACUAACUCUUCCAACAAUUAGAGAUGUCCUCAAACUUCGAGUAAAGGAGUCAGACAGCAGUUACUACAUAGAAUGGAACAACGAGUGGAUUCAUGUGUUCCGCCCUGAUGUGGAAUGCACUAACGGUGUGAUCCACGUCAUUGACUCCGUCUUGCUCCAAGAGAGUGAUAUUGUGGUAUCGAGCGCACCCUCACUGCCUCUCAGUCUAUGUACAGUGCUUGCACUCUUCCUCAGCAUUGCAACUGCUCACUUCCUCUAAGUUCCCACAAAACAUUUUGUGUCUUCAUUGGGAUUCAGGGGUGGGGUCCUAACAAUGAAAUUCCUAAAAUUAUUGUUUUGUACCCUCUGUCUCAACUACUACAACAUUUAUGUUCGAUGGUAAAUCAUAAUUGUGCUGUUCAAUGUUAAAACCCAUAAAAGUAUCAUUCACUUUUGUAUCUGUGAGAUAACUUUGUUGUCAACUGAAAUUAUAUGUAUAUCACCUAAUAUUCUUCAUAAAUACCAAUAUUUCUGGUCCCCUUUGUCAUAUUUCAUAACAUUAUACUAAUUAAUUUUAUAGAAUUGGUUCAAAGCAAUUGAGUCACUGCCUGUCUAUUAUGCAUCGUGAUCAUUGUUUUACAAUAUGCUUUGCAAUUGGUAGCCUUGAAAACAAGUAAAAUUGGUAAAUAAAAUAUCCAGCUUAAAAUAUGUAAAAUAAUGCAUGAAUUACUAAAUUAGUCUUAAAAUUCGUUCAUGUUUUAAGAUAUUAUAAAUUUGAAGUACAGUAGAACUAAUAACCGGUAUCUUAAUGUUGUAUUCAAAAUAUACAAACAUUGUAUUAUGACCAUUAUGUUCCAAAUUACUUUCAAACCUGUUCAUAUUUUAAGAGCUUAUCUGAUGAACCCUGAUUCUGUGUCUGAUGUAAAUUAUCUUGCUGUAAUGGUUGUUUUUGAAAAAAAAUUGUGUGAAUAAUAAAGAAGGAAGAAAGACUAUGUGAAUAUUAAAGAAUUAUAAAUAUUUUUAAGAAAUACUUAUAAUAGUGAUUUCAACGACUAUUAAUGUAUUGGAAUUCCACGUGUACCGGAAAUACACUGAAAUAUUAUAGUUGUUGCCUACCAUGAUAAAUAUAUUUUGAGACAAAUAAUAUGUUGAUAAAUAAGACCUUUAACAAGGAUUUUAAGUAUUGUGUACGUAUUUUUUUUAUAUUUCAGCUAUUCAUAAUAGUGUGUAAUUCUGCAAAUUCAAAACUAUCAUAUUGUUGAGGACAGACUUUUUAAAGCGAUAAAGCACUAGAGGAAUUUAUGUUUUGUGAAACAGUUUUUUUACUAGUUUAUCAUGCUAUGGGAUAAUAUAUCACAAUUCAUAUUAGGCUAGACACCAUGUCACUAGUAAAGUAGAUAUCCCAAAUUAGUGAUUGGGGCAAAUGUUGAAAGUUUACAUUCAACAAGAAAAUUAAAAAUAGUAUGUGCAUUUAAUUGAUCCAAGUCAAAUCCAUAGCUAUAAGAAAGCUUUAAAAUAGGAAAGCAGGAGCUUAGAAAACAUGUAAAUAGCCUUUGGCACUAGCUAAGAUUGUUAAAUCAUACAAUAUUGUAUAUUUUCAAUCAUCUCAUGAAACACUGUCAAUAAUUAGUGCAAUAGUAUAUUUUGUGAGUUAUUUCUAUGUCAAUUAUUUUUUUAAAUUAUUUAUAAGUGUGAUGUUUUGUUUACAUCACAGGUAUAUUAAAGAAAAUAUUACAGCCUAAAACCUUUGAUUUGAUGAUUAUAAUUCAUUACAAAUAUAUUUGAAUCUACAAUAAUAAUUGGUCAAAACUUGGGUUUGGGUUGUCAAGAAAGUAUUUAUUAUCUCCUUAAAAUGAGUAAAAAAAUCAAUGAGUUAGUUUAGUUAGUACUUUGUUGACAUUUAGGGACAUUUUCAAAGCUUAUAGUGAUACCAAAGAUUAAUAAAAUCCAAGACUUUGUGCUUAAUUUUGGGGGUCACAAUAACUAAGCAGAUAUAACAUCAAAAGUAGUUAGUUUUGAUUUCAAACUGUAUUGUCACUGAUAUUCCACUACAAAGAUCAAUAACAUCUUAUUGUGCCACACACAGUUAGUGGACUUUGUUGAAGCUGAGUGAUUGUGCUCUGAAGUCCCAUCAUUAGAGAAACUAAGUGGUAUGGAUCUCUUCUUAUCCACAUCUUUCUAUGUUUUACUAUUUAGGUCAUUACUAAUCUAAGAAAAUCGUUAUACAUCUUUUAUCUCACUUAAUUUGUAGCUUUCACUUCCAAAAAUGAUUUAUUGUUCUUGUUAGUGUAUGAAAGAUCUUUUCUCUCACAAAAAUAAAAGACACUAAAUGUAUUACAUAAAGACUGUAAAUAAAUUCUGGGAUAUUGAUGUAUGUGUAUUAUAUGUACAUUUAUUUUAUCCGAUACAUGUGCAUUAAAAUCGUUACUUUUAGUAUUAAUUUAAAGUCUUAUAGUUUCGGAACCAAGCUCCGAAAAUAGAUACGGUUGUUUCGUUACUUCGGAGAUUUAUUCCGUGCAUCACUGGAGCUGUAAAGAUAUAAUUGUUACUUCUUAGCAUAGCUAUAGAAGUUCUAAAACUUAAAGAGAGUUCCGUUCUAAUUAAUUUCUAUUGUGUAAUAUAAAAAUAUAUACAAGCGUUGUAAAUGCUCGGAAAGUAUUUUGCUUAAUAAUGUUGCUAUCGAUAAGUCUAAUGUAUAAGUUAUUGUCUGUGUGUUUGUGAACUCGGCCUGUUUGUUUGUUAUUCCACCACUAGAUGUUUCUAGUAGGCUUUGUGUUGCGUGCUACACCAUCUAAAAGAGCAAACCUUGAAAAUGAUGGAAACAACUGCAUUGUAAUGAUUAGAUUUAGGCUUUGUAAUAAAAAUACAUUGCAUUUUGAUUUUUAUUGUCUAUAAA